AAUUCCCACGACCUCAAGAGCGACAAAAGAGAAGCGCGAUGGUUCGAUUAAGCUCAGUGAUUCUGGGGACAGUGGCUCUCGUGUCCUCGACAGCAUUCGCGAUUUCGACGACGACUGCAUCGGGCUUUGUUGCCAAAGAUGGGAGCGUGGCUUUUGCGCUCAAUAUCCCCCAGGACGAUGAAAGCAAUGAUCUAUACUUCAGCGUGUCAGGGCCGAGCAGCAGCUCAUGGAUUGCUGUGGGAAUGGGCAACAAUAAGAUGGAUGAUACCUUGAUGUUCUUGGUAUAUUCAGACCCUACUGGAAAGAACAUUACCUUGAGCCCUAGGCUUUCAUACGGCCAUGUGGAACCAUCCUAUACCUCGAAUCUAACUAUCCAUGUCCUUUCUGGAAGUGGCAUCUCGAACAAUAAAAUGACAGCCAAUGCGAUGUGCCAGAACUGCCGCAGUUGGAAAGGAGGGUCAAUUGAUCCAACAAACACCAAGGCCCAGUUCAUAUAUGCAAGUGGGCCACAUGGGAGCCUUAAAUCCAACUCGUUCACGGCCGGCAUCCAACGACAUGCUUCGUAUGGAACGUUCACAAUGGAUUUGACCAAGGCUAUUGGCGCUGCAGCUGUUCCGGCUGCUAUGACAGCAGAUACCUCGGGUACAUCACAAGAGAGCGAAAGUUCCGACCACGAUUUUUCUGGGGCAUUUCAUGCUUGUCUAAUGAUUUUAGCUUUUGUAGGGCUCAUGCCCAUUGGGAUAUUGAUCCUACGGGUCAUGAACAGUGUCAAGUGGCAUGGCUUCAAUCAGGCAUUGUCUACCGUUGUUGCACUUGUUGGAGUAUUUCUGGGUGUUUACUGUGCCACGAUGUAUAAUCGAACGAAGAAUUACACUUCUGCUCACCAGAUCUUCGGUCUUGUCAUUACCGUGGCAAUGAUUGCCCAAUUUGUGCUCGGAUUCAUGCAUCACCGGAUCUACAAGAAGACGUUGGCCCCCACAAGGCUCGCCCCGGUCCACGUGUGGCUCGGGCGUCUCGUCAUCCCAUGUGGGAUUGCAAAUGGGUUCCUAGGUUUCCCCCUAUCCUUGAACUCCAAAUACAACUGGGCGCUCACUGCACUGCUCCUCCUCGUCAUAUUCGUCCUCGCGCUAUUCAUAUUCUACAGAUGGAAGCAAAACAACCAGAAUGCCCGGGUUCAGGUAGGGGGAGGUGAACCUGAAAGAGUUUAUCAACCACAGCCUUGGAGCACGGCCUCAUCACAGCGCGAUAUCCAUUUGACUCAGAUGAAUGAUCCACGGCCUUAUGAUAUGCCGAAGUAGAAUAGAUAAUUAUGUUGAGUAAAGAGUUAUCACCAGCUGGGAUCCGAGGAAUGGCAGAUAUUGCAAUGGAGCUAUUUGUGUGGGCGUCGG